CACACACACACACGCACACACACACACACACACACGCACGCAUCCAAACAACCACAUCUAGAGUAUCCCUUCUUGCACAAUAGAAGAAAGAUCGGAGCUGAUGGAGCUUUUAGCUGCAACCGCUACGGAACUUAGCCAGGCGCUAGCGGUGUAGGCUCGUUAAAAUGUGUGUGAGGGGUGUUUGCUGGUCGUCAUAUGAGGGCGCUUGUCAGCGAGCGCAGUAAAUAUGUGUUUAAUAAUACUAACUAGUCACUCAAACGUGCCUUUAUACCAAAACGGCGUUUGAGUACCACGCGUAGGAUCGGUGCUACUCGCGUUAGCUUCGUGUGUAGUUUGACGGUAGGAUCAGAGGAGGUACACCGGCUAUCCGCUAGCUGGUUAGCAACACACAGCGCAGCUGGCUAGUUAGCUCUCUGUUUUGUUCAGCACUUCGUUCUGGAUCGACUUGAGUUUGAAGGCUGCUGGUUUUCAAGUGGUUGCAACGAGCCCUGGAGGAGCACCAGGCCUGAGCCUCGGCCUCUCAAAGAUGUUCAACGCUUUCCCCUGUGCAUCAUCAGAUCCCUCAUCUAUUUGACUAGCUAAAAUAUUACUCACAAACCAAUCCCACAUCUGUGCUUGGCAACACUAUGACCAUUCACGUUGACCCGGCCCAUCCCGCUGGGACAGUAGUGCCCAAAAACCAAGCUUGCCAAAUGAUAUGAUAGUAGCCACCUGGAUCACUUUCUGUGCUUGCAGAGGCCUUGCAAGGGGGCUGCUCUUCUUUUCCUCCACCAGCUCGCGCUCUCCCUUCUGGGAGACACUUGCCAGUGUGGUCUCUCGCACCAUGGGUAACAGCUGCGUGUGCCGUGAGGACAGUGCCUUGGAAGACCACAACCAUCGGUCGUCGAGGGCAACCAGAGGACAAGCAAGGCGGGUGGAUCGCGGUAUGGGCGUUGGUGGCGACGCCGCAGAGGCGCUGAGCAGCAGACCCAGGGACCCGGUCAGGCCGCCGCGCAGAGGCCGAGGGCCUCACGAGCCGAGACGCAAGAAGCAGAAUGUUGACAGCCUGGUGCUGGACACGUUGGCUGUCAUCAGGACAUUGGUGGACAAUGACCAAGAGCCCCCCUACUCCAUGAUCACUCUGCACGAGAUGGCAGAAACAGAUGAUGGCUGGCUGGAGAUUGUGCAGUCGCUGAUUCAAGUGAUCCCAUUGGACGAUCCGCUUGGCCCCGCAGUGAUAACGCUUCUGUUGGACGAGUGUCCUCUGCCCACCAAGGAUGCUCUCCAGAAACUGUCCGACAUGUUGAGUCUGAGUUUGGCCAUAGCGCGACAGGACGCUCUAAACCCAGCGAAGCACAGGAACACCACGGCCGUCCUGGGAUGCCUAGCGGAGAAACUGGCUGGUCCAGCGAGUAUUGGAUUGUUGAGCCCUGGAACCCUUGAAUACCUUCUAGAGAGCCUCAGCUCUGAAGCCCACCCUACGGUCAUGCUGUUUGCCCUCAUCGCUUUGGAGAAGUUCUCCCAGACCAGUGAGAACAAGCGGACGGUGUCAAAGUCGUGCAUCAGCAAUCGACUCGCUGUGCUGGAGUCGUGGGCGGAGCAUCCCGACUACCUCAAGAGGCAGGUCGGGUUCUGCUCACAAUGGAGCCUCGACAACCUUUUCCUAAAGGAGGGUCGUCAGUUUACCUACGAGACGGUCAACCUCACCAACAUCAACGCCAUGCUCAACAGCAAUGAUGUCAGCGAGUACCUCAAGAUCUGCCCCACUGGACUAGAGGCGCGGUGCGAUGCCUCGUCCUUUGAGAGCGUGCGCUGCACAUUCUGCGUGGAUUCGGGCGUUUGGUACUACGAGGUGACGGUCAUCACUUCCGGCGUGAUGCAAAUCGGAUGGGCCACCAAGGACAGCAAGUUCCUCAACCACGUGCGGCUCGCCGGCGUCCGCACUGCUCGCCUUCCCACCGCAGCCGCUGCUUGUCCGCGCUCGCCUAAAUUAGCGCUGUGUGUGUGUUUUUCACAGGAAGGCUAUGGGAUAGGCGACGACGAAUACUCGUGUGCGUAUGAUGGCUGCAGGCAGCUCAUCUGGUACAACGCUCGCUGUAAACCGCACUCUCACCCCUGCUGGAAGGAUGGAGAUGCCAUCGGCUUCCUGUUGGACCUCAGCAAGAAGCAAAUGGUUUUCUAUCUGAAUGGACAUCAGCUGCCACCGGAGAAACAGGUCUUCUCCUCAGCCACGUCCGGUUUCUUUGCAGCAGCCAGCUUCAUGUCUUACCAGCAGUGCGAGUUCAACUUUGGGGCAAAGCCUUUCCGUCACCCGCCGCCUGGCAAGUUCAGCACCUUCAACGAUUUCGCUUCACUGCUGCCCGGUGAAAAGAUCAUCAUACCGAGACAACGACGCCUGGCCUUACUGAAGCAGGUUAGCAUCCGGGACAACUGCUGCACGCUGUGUUGUGACGUCAUGGCUGACACGGAGCUACGGCCCUGUGGCCACGGUGGUAUUUGUAUGGAGUGUGCCUUACAGUUAGAGACGUGCCCGCUGUGCCGCCAUGACAUCCAGAACCGCGUCAGACUCAUUGCACAUGUCUCCUGACAAUCCUCCUGCCCUAACUCCUCCAACGAGGACGGACACGGAGGCCCCCACAGCGGGGCCACGGGAACCGUGCCGCGCGCGGGGCUGUGGUGAUGCCAGAACUGUGACUUCUGGUACGAGGAAGCAACAGUGGAGGGUUGGAGUAAAGAAAAUGAAGAGAUGAGUGGAAGGGUAUUUAAACCCCAGCUGGAUCCCUAGGAACUCUUUUUUUUCAUUUAAAAAAAAUCCUUCCGACUGCAGACAACGGGCCAAGAGUUGUUAACUUUCUAUAUUUCAGAAAUAAGGAGCAAAAUCAUAUCGUAUCUAUGAUGUGAGGUUCCCACUCAUGAAAAAUGCCUAGCGUGUAAAGAAAUCAACCAUGUUCCAGAACCUCUCGUAGAUGACCAAAGUGUUGUCCAUUUCAUCAACAACGACAUUCUGUAUGAGUACUAUGUCCUUAUUUUCCAACACUUUUUUUUUCCAAUACUGCUUUUUCACAGGAAGACCAGUGAGGAGUGGUCCAUGGUUGUGCUCUCUCAAGGAUCUUGUUUUGGAGAAGUUUGUUCUUUUGUGCUGACUUCUCUCUGACAAUCGGCGAACAACUUGCUCCAGUGGUUCUGUAGGCUUGCGCAACAGUUUCUUCAGGCGCCCACAGAAGUUUUCUAAUGGGAAGCAUGAGAUAUUAUCAAGGACACCAUACUUUUUGGCAUCUUGGCUGAGGUGCACUAAUCCAUGCAUGUUGUAGGUCACUUGUUCUUUUCCAUAAAGCUUGCUGCAGUGAUCAACAAAGAGAACCAAAAUUCUGUGUGCAUAGUCUGCAAGGUCAGCACACAGGGACACAUUCAGUAGGAUGGUAAUGCCAACUGAAAGCAGCAUGAAGUUGUUGUACACUUGAGUUGGUACAAGGCCUUUUAAGCUGACUGGUCCAGCGUACAAGAGGAACUGCCUGAAUUCUGUAGCUUUCCAACGCUCGACAUCUUCCAUGGAUCGUUGCUUCGCAGCUCUGGAGAGCUCUUUUACCAUGCUGGGCGAAAAUCUUGUCAGCCGCCGUCCCUUUAGCCAAAGGUGUAACAGCUUUCUUGUCACUCCAAGGCAUACCAGAUGCAUAUAAUCCAAUGGGAACUGCGUGACCAAUCCAACAGACAACAAUGACAAUGGCGUUUCUCCACACUGAUGACUGUCAUCAGAAAGUUCAUCACGGAGUGCAUCGUCUACUUGGAGUAGCAUCUGUUUGAGGAAAAGUCAUCCUGUUCUCGUAGUGGACCCCCUUUUGAACACACUUGUCACACCCAUAAUAUCCACUGUGACCUUUCACAUUUCUAACAAGCGCACAAGCAGGGGCGUCACAGAGGAAUGUUGAUAUUUCGAAAGAAAGUGCUCUCCCUUCAAACAGAACUCCUUCCGCUUCAAGCCGCUGUGCCUCUUCUACAAAAGGAUUCAAAAAGUGAAGGCUGGUUGGCUUCUUCUUUCCAUAAUAGAGACCAAUGACAAACGGAAGUUUGUUUUGCUGGACAUUACCCACGUAUUGCUCAAUUAAACUGAGAACUGGCCAGAACUGGGCAUUUGAGCUUCUGAAAAGUGGAAAUCCAUCAACAUUAACUUGCAUUGAAACUGACGUCAACUUCUGCAAUUCAGGAGACAUCAACAACUGCGAUAGUAUUCCACUUUCAAUUCCAGAGUGAUGGUAUACACCACCUGAGAGUUCUGUUGUUUUAACACAAGUCACCGUUUUAAGAAGGGUUCUUGGGUCUUUAGGAAAGGUUGGAUGAUCCUUGAACAAAAUGGUUAAAAGCUUACCAAGUGCCACAUGGGGGAUCAUGUUGUCAGUAGCCCACCCUGCCAAUUGUGUCCUUAGGCAAUCCUCUUCCUCUUCAUCAUCUUAUGUGCUUGAGGAAAACAUCUCACCAGCUUCACAUGCCUCAUCAACAAUUAUUUCCUGUGCUACAGUGGUCACAGUUUGUACAUGGCUUGUUGUAGCCAUUCCAUAUAGAUGUUCAUUAACAUGGGGAGUUACUUGGUCAAAGACUGGAAAAAGAGCAAGUAGAGCAUUGUUUGCAGCCGUAAUUUCCUUUUUAUCCCUCUCAACUCCUUUCAAUAUUCUUCUCCUUUUGGCCCAGUAACUAGACAUUGUGACUAACAAUGCAUUUACCGUUAAAUCCAAAAAGAUUGUCCAACAGUAGGUCUCUUGGGUGAAGAUAACCGGUAAUGCUCUGGUCAAGAUAUCUGCAAGAAAAUGUGAACAACAACAACAAAACGCAUUGUUAACGUUAGGAAUCAGUUGUUAUGCCGUGGGGGGAAAAAAUACCCGCCAAAUGUAUUCAUUAAAUUGUCCUCUAACAUGAAAUGUACAGCAGUUCACAGAAUUACAAAUCUGUUUGUUAGAAAACACCAAAAGUUAACCGGUGGGUGUGGGCUGGUGAGGUCGUUUUUUUGUGUGCAGAUAAACAGACGGCAGCACUUUGAAACUUGGCAAAACAACUAUAUUUAAGAAGGGUUUGACUUCAUAUUACAUUUGAACUUUUUUUCCUUCAUGAUAACUACAAUGGCAUUAGCCAUAGCCGCGCUCGGAAUGAACCGUGUAUCUACAAUUUACACUACUGACUAAAACCCAUUUUUAUUAAAUGCUGAGGUGAUUACUACCAGACAGCAUAUUUUAUGAGUAAACUGAAAAGAAUAUAAACAUAUUAUUGUGUUAAACACAAAGGAAAAAUGUACUUAUCUAAACGAUGGUAGUCGACGUCGAUGACUUCAGACUCCAGGCUGUAGCAACUUCGAGUAGAACCAAGUAGGAGACACGCCACUUCAACACGUGUUUUUAAGAAAAAUACAUAACGGUAAAUAUGGCGACUGUAUGCACAUGUCCCGCCCCUUCCGCUGGAAAGCCAAUCAUCUACUUCAUGUCCCGCCCCUCCCGCGGGAAAGCCAAUCAUCUGCUUCUUAACAAGCUGGGGAAAAUUUAGGCCUAUGGACAAGUUUAUGAGCCGUUUCCGCUCUACAUCCUAAACUCCGCCCAUUUAUGCAAUCCACUUCCGUUCUCGCGGGCUGGGUUGUUUUGCUAGCUAGCUGUUCCACUGACGGUCGCGCACAGACCAGAACCCUUGCGCAUGCGUAGUAACAGUAUAACCUGUGGGGGGAAAAGGCGAUCCUUGUUUUGGGGAAAAGUCACCACCAUCUUAGCCCCGCCCGAAAUACUUCUGAACACAAAAAAACACUGCAGUUCCUUCUAUGCGUUGUAUCAAUAGCAUUUAUAAUGUGCUUAGAUUUUAUUUCUUUUUUAAAAUGUCUUAAACAUUUCUACAGGUUGCUAAUUAAUACUUAACUGAUAAAGGCAAAAUAAAUAAAACAUUGAGAUAAUUUUAUUUUUAGACGACAAAAGUCUAUCAUUAGUUAUGAGAGAUGCACCCAACAAUGGAAGAAAAGCUUUGGCAAUAUUGAGAGAGUAUUAUGGUGUAGUCACUGCAGAAGUGACACACACAAAGACGCCACGUGUAGGCGUAAGGACAAGGACAGUAAGAGCACAAAGGAUGGUGCGAGUAAAGUCUCAGAAGACGCAGAAGACUACAUGUUCAAGAUGAGAGACGGUGAGAACGAUACCCAGCGGCAGCCGCCAUGCAACAUCCAGCAGGCUCUGAUGGUGGACACAGGAGCUACCUCUCAUAUCAUCACGGACAUAACCAUGUUCAAGAACUUUGACUGCGCGUUCAGGCCGGAAACGCACGGUGUCGAGCUGGCAGACGGCACCCGGUGCAGCGGGAUAGCUCAGCGGAGGGGAAAUGAUGAGCUUUCCCUUAUCGAUAGCGGAGGACAGCGACGCAAGGCGGUGCUGAAAGACGCUUUGUUUGUACCGUCGUACCCCCAGAGCAUCUUCUCUGUGAAGGCAGCGACCACCAGUGGGGCUACGGUUGUCUUUAAAGAAAAUAAAGACGCCCUGAUAGCCAGAGACGGUACCAGGUUUAACAUUCA